AGUCAUGAUGCUCAUGAUCAGGUCUGUGGUACAGUCUUACAAUUCCACCCUGCUUUUACGGUUUAUCCUUUAUGUAUAGGCUAACAGAAAAUUCUUAGUUGGGUGUGCUUUUGCUACGUAUCGAGUGCUUGACUGGUGGAAUUACGUUAGCGAGUAUUAAAAAUGACUCUGGACGGAGAAGAGACCAUAUCGGAUCAAGAGAAACUUAAAAUCGUUUCUAACUUCAUACUCCACUCGCCCCCGGGUGAAUUCAACGAAGUCUUCAACGACGCCAGGUUCCUGUUGAAUAACGACACCUUGUUGAAAGAAGGGGCCCUAGGCGUGUUCGCCCAGUAUUGUAAAGAUCAGCUGACACCGGUCAAGAUAAAAAACGGCGAUUUCCCAGUAUUAAUAACAGAACACAACGAUUUAGGGUCUAACAGGUAUUACGACGCCCGGACAAAGCAAUCUUUUAAGUAUGAUCCACUUAGACGGGAGACGUCCAACUACGAUACGUGGGAGCCCCAAGUCGGUACUGAGAAGUGGAGGGCCGCUUUGGAAACUGAGCUCGACGAGUAUAUUGCAAAUCACUACACGAAAGGUACGUGCAGUGUGUUUUCAAAAAAAGAAGACGGGAAAAUCAGCUUAGUCGCUUGCAUAGAAGCGCACCUUUUCCAGCCGAAGAAUUGCUGGAACGGCUGCUGGAGAUCGCAGUGGUUAGUCGUGUUCGAUUCCGACACUGCACAGGUCAAAGGUGUGCUCAAAAUACAAGUGCAUUACUAUGAAGACGGCAACGUACAGCUUGUCAGCUCUAAAGAAGUCGUUCACAGCUUGAACGUGAGUGACGAAGAUCAACUCGCUAAAGAUCUUGUUAAGAUUUUCGAAGAAUCGGAAGGAGACUAUCAAAACGCGAUUUCGGACAACUACGGCACGAUGUCAGACACUACUUUCAAAGCUCUCAGGCGUCAACUCCCUGUUACAAGAUCCAAGAUCGACUGGAGUAAAAUGGUAUCCUAUAGCAUUGGUAAAGAAUUGAAACCGCAGUGACUACCUAUUGUAUAUAAAUACAAUAAUAAUAUUAAUGUUUUCAUAUGCAUAUAUAUAUAUAUAUAAAUACACACACACAUAUAUAUAUACAAAUAUGUAUAUGUAUAUAUUAUAUAUAAAUAUUAUUUUAUUACGUAUAUAAUUUAUUAAUGAUAUUAUUUCUCAAAGUUGUUAUAUUUAGCCUCUUAUUUGCUUUUUAAUUACACCUUCAAUUCUAACAAAACUAAGAAAAUUAAAACUUAUGUUACAUUCAUAUGAGUAUACAUAUAUAUUUAUGUAUGUAUGUAUGUAUACAUAUAUAUUUAUGUAUGUAUGUAUACAUAUAUAUUUAUGUAUGUAUGUAUACAUAUAUAUUUAUGUAUGUAUGUAUACAUAUAUAUUUAUAUAUGUACGUAUGAAUGUUAUGGAGUUAUGUUAUAUUUUAGGACUGAGUGUCACUGGUGAUGGAUUUACAUGAUUGUAGCAGUUACGUUAUUUUUUUCUUUUUCUUAUUAGUUUAUACAAUUUUGUAAUCAAAUUUAUUUUUCUGAGUUUGAUUUUUGAAUUAUUGCUGUUAUUGAAAAUUUUGCUGCCCAAGUUUUCAGGGAACAGAAGUUUGAUACUCAGCAAAAGAUUGUCUAUUUGUAUAUUGGAUAAACAUCAUAACCCCAUGUAUUAAAUUGCAUUGUUUUUGUUAUGUAAUUAUAUUUGAAUAAAUUUAUUUGAAAUUGAUAA